AUGGCCGAUGAUAAUAUAGAACAUGAUGUAAGUGAUGCAGCAUGUAAAUUGGGUAUUAUUAUGCAAUCAUCAUAUUAUUUCAUGGAAAACAUUCUUCGUAAUAUGAGUGGUGAAAAUGUACGAAGAUUGCAGAGGGUCUGCAAAAAUUUUUAUCUGUUCUGCGAGAAAUUCCGAUAUGAUAAUUGCGAAACGCUUGUAAUUUGGCGUAAAAGAAAGGAUACAUAUGAUUGGAGCUGGAGUGAUUGUGAUGUAGAAGGAGUAAAAGAUUUCUUAAAAGAAUAUUCAGCAAUUCCUCGAUUUAUUUUUUUAUUUAGCGAAACAACCGAUUUGUCAAAUGAUUUGAAUUCAAUUUUACAUUCUUCUUCAUCUUUUUUUUGUGGCCUCACGGAGAAUAAGUUCAAAUAUAGAAAUCUUUGUCGAAGAGGAAGGGCGUAUUUUAAUGCGCUUAAGGCUGGUAUUAAUGGAUUUAUUUUGCCCUAUGGUCUUUUGAAUCGAAUGGAUGUAUGCAUUAGAACAAAGGCAUUCACGUAA